CCGCCAGUGAGACUCGACGUAUGCAAGCCUAAAACGAACGUCAUCUCGUCUGCACAGGUCUCGGAUCGGAUCUGCUGGCCUGGCACGCGAGUCAAGGGCAAGGCAGAGAUAUAUAAAGAAGAAUGCCAUGACUCCGGAUAGUGACACGGCUUGUAGGCCAUGCCGCAGAACUACAAGACCCAGUCCCGGUUUCCACCUGAACAUCAGUGCUGUAAAAGCAAUAUCACAUUAGCUAUUCAUUACCGCAUCUUAAGACAAUGACACCUCCUAUAGCAAUCAUCGGCGGCGGACCUAGCGGCCUGACCUUCGCCCGCCUGCUCAAGUGCAAUGGCAUCGACUACAUUGUUUAUGAACGCAACGCGUCCGCAACCGCAACGACGGAGCAGCUGGGCGGCUCGCUCGACCUCCACGGGCCUACGGGUCAGCUGGCCCUCAAGUCCGCGGGCCUGUUCGACGAAUUCCAGAAGUACGCCCGGUGGGACGCCACGACCACCUUGGUCGCUGACAAGUACGGCAAGACGCACAUGAAGUUCGGCGAGGGGCGCGACGCCCCAGAGAUUGACCGCGUUCAGCUGCGCAGGCUUCUCCUUGAGUCCAUCCCGGAGGACAAGGUUUGUUGGGACCAUGCUGUGAAGAGCACACAUAGGGAUGAAUCUGGAAACAUAGUCAUCACAUUCCUGAAUGGCGCCACAGCGUCUGGCUUCAAGCUCGUUGUCGGUGCGGAUGGUGCCUGGAGCAGAGUGCGCCAUUUGCUCACUCCCGCAAAGCCCUCGUAUUCCGGCAAACAAUACUUCGAGGCCAGACUCUCGGCAAACAAUCCCUUUUACCCCUCUCUCUCGGCCAAGGUCGGCCACGGGAUACUCAUGGCGAUGGGCGACAACAAGCAAAUAUCGGCGCAGCAGAUGUUUGACGGCUCCUACCGCAUCUACCUCGGCUUCUCGGCGCCCGAGGACUUCGCCCGAAGCGGCCCAGCCAGCGCCUCCGGAGACGCGGCGCGCGAAUUCUUCCUGUCAUCACCCGACUUCUACGCCGACUGGGCCCAAGACUUGAAAGACAUCGUGGCCAACUGCGAAGGCGCCUUUCGGCCGUGGCCGCUGUACUAUCUGCCGGCCGAGGCGAUGGGCUGGCAGCGCGUCGCGGGCGUCACCUUGCUCGGCGAUGCGGCUCAUGUCUCGACGCCGUUCGUCGGUGAGGGGGUCAACUGCGCAAUGUACGACGCCCUCGUGCUGGCAACCAAGAUCAAGGAGUGCGGCAUGGGCGCGCUGGAGCAGGCCGUCGUGGAGUACGAGAGAGACAUGUUUGCUCGCGCAAAGGAUCUCAUCAAGCGGUGCCAUGCGAGCGCGAAGUUGCUUUUUGCGGAAGACGCCCCGAAGGAGCUUGUUAGGGCUCUUGGAGGCGACGGUGAGCGUUUGGUAUAUGCAGAGAAACGCGCUUGAUGGGUCUUCGAGGUCCUUCUUGGAUGAUUCCAAGGCAUGGUCGGUGGCACAUAAGAAGCCGUCGUUGUAGGUUCAUGGGCUAAUAAUAAGAUCAUACCGUCCCACUCCGCCCUAUUUAGACUACAUGAAAUGAAACGUAAUGGACAGAACAGCGUGCCAGUGAUGGGGCG